UAGAGAGAGAGAGAGAGAGAGAGAGAGAGAGAGGGAGUUCGUUUGCUGCCGAUUGAUCGUUCAAACUUUUUUAUUCAUUAAUUUAUCAUAGUUGCCCUAAUACUGGGGAUUUCGUAUUUAGCGUGGAAAAAAUCGACUGAUCGGAGCAACGAGUCGAAUCCUGUAGUUAUACCCAAGGCUGUUUCAGUUCUAUCUGAGGAAGAAGAUGAGAUUGAUGUUGCAUCGGGUCAAAAGUUCAUAGUUCUGGGACGUUUGAGUUACAAUGUCGACACUCAUCAAGGGCGCUUGGUUUCUCAUGAUAUUUGAGUACAAUAUGCAUACAUACACCAGUUUUCCUCCUAGAGCUCCUUAUACAGAGUAUCGUGAUCCUUCAGCUUAUGCCAGAUACUAUGCCAAAGGUUUAGAAAAACCGUUAGAGCAACCAAUGAAUUUUCAAUCUGAAUCCAAAGGUUAUAUAUUGAAUUUGACUGCACAUGAUCCUCAAAUUUGGACAAAUGUAAUUGAAGUUUGGAAAAGCACUCUUAUAGCUCACUAUUAUAGACAAAAUCAAACAAUCACUUCUUUGGCUUCUAUACCCAUCUUGAAUUUUGUUCCACUAUGAUACCUUGUUUGGUUAGUUGCUUAAUAUUACCUUCGCAAUCUAACUGCACAAUAAAUUGAGAUAGUGAUCAAAGAGAAAUUAGGAUGAAAACAUAUGAUCUGGUCAAUCUACCUUGUUGAAAGAAACAAAGAUUUGUAUGUACAAUGCUUCAGUUAAAUAUGGAUGAUUGGAGUCCUGCAUAUCCUGUAAAUAACCAGUUGUCAAUGCAAGUCUACAAUGCUUGUCAUUGCACUGCGUUGUUGCUUGCAGUCACUGUGUUGCUCAAACCAAUACCACUUCUAAAGUUAGUUAUUUGUAAGUAAAACUAGUCAUUACACGGUACAACAGGUCAUAUUACCAUGUUGCAAAAUCUAUUGACACUUCUAAGAUGUUAGCAAGACCAUGAAUGAAUUAAGAUGUCUAGUCACCAUGCAUUAGGCUUCUUCUUUCUAAAGAACUUUAAAAUCAGUAUUCAUGUUAAAGAAGUAUCUUUCCCCUUAUAUGUAAGUUUUUGGGUCAUGAAGGAAGUGCGAAAUUUUAUUGCUACCAUGUUGGAUCUUCUAGGACACAGAUGCAUGUGUCCCCAGUUGACUCUGUUAUGUGAAAGUCAUCAAUUAGUGGCUAUAUUUCAACAUGCAAAUAUAGCAGCACUUUCCUUUCUGUCAAUUUUUAGAUGGAACCCAUUGAUCUAACAUGGUAGCAGUGAAAGUCAAGUGCUGCCAUAAUUGCAUAUUGAAAAAGAGCCACUAAUUGAUGAUUUUAACAUAAAAGAGUAAAUAGGAGACACAUGCAUCUCUGUCCUAGAAACUUGAAAAAAGAUUUUGCUUUUUUAACACGAGUUUCACUGUUCUCUUUGUAGGGGAUGUAGGCCUGCAGGAAAGGAUAGAAGAGAAAAAAGAGGGGAAUAAACCUCUAAUAAAAUGACCGCCCGUAACACAACAGAUAAAGCUUUAUCAGAAGAAAUCAAGGCAAGAUACGAAAAGGCUGUGGUGAAGGUUGUUGACAUGGAUGAUUAUGCUGCUGAUGACAACAGAUAUGAAGAAAAACUUAAAAAGGAAACACUGGCAUUUUUCAUGGUUGCUACGUAUGGAGAUGGAGAGCCCACCGAUAAUGCUGCAAGAUUUUACAAAUGGCUUACUGAGGAAAAUGUGCGAGGCGUCUGGCUUCAACAUCUUAAAUAUGGUGUUUUUGGUCUGGGUAACAGGCAGUAUGAACAUUUUAACAAGGUAGAUACGCUUCAUCACAGGUUUUAUAUGUUUUGUCUCCGUCAUUAUCUCACUGAAUUCUUUAAACAGAUUGCAAAGGUAAUAGAUGAGCAACUAACUGAACAAGGUGCAAAGCGCCUCGUUUCUAUUGGUCUUGGAGAUGAUGAUCAGUGCAUUGAGGAUGACUUCACUGCUUGGCGAGAAAUGUUAUGGCCGGAGUUAGAUCACCUACUUCAAAGAGAGGAUGAAGCAAAAACCGUGCCUACUCCAUACACAGCUGUUAUACAUGAAUAUCGAGUGGUGGUUCAUGAUCCUGCUAAUGCAUCAUCUGAGGAUAAAUACAAAUACCUGAAUGGUGCUAAUGGGAAUAUUUCAUAUGAUAUCCACCAUCCAUGCAGAGUCAAUGUUGCUCUUCAAAAAGAACUUCAUAAACCUGCAUCUGAUCGAUCUUGCAUUCAUCUGGAGUUUGACAUAUCUGAUACCGGCAUAACAUAUGAAAUCGGCGACCACGUGGGUGUUUAUGCUGAAAAUUGUGAUGAAACUGUCGAAGAAGCCUCAGCAUUGUUGGGCCAACCUUUGGAUUUGCUCUUCUCUAUCCAUACUGAUAAUGAGGACGGUACACCCCUUGGAGGCUUAUUGCCACCUCCAUUUCCUGGUCCUUGUAGCGUUCGCACUGCGUUGGCAUGCUAUGCAGAUCUGCUAAGUCCCCCUCGAAAGGCUGCUUUGGUUGCUUUGGCUGUUCAUGCAAGUGAACCUAGUCAAGCUGAAAGGCUGAAGUUCUUAUCGUCUCCUCAGGGCAAGGAUGAUUACUCAAAAUGCAUUGUUGGAAUGCAACGAAGCCUUCUAGAGGUUAUGGCAGAGUUUCCCUCCUCCAAGCCUCCACUUGGUGUGUUUUUCGCUGCAGUAGCCCCUCGUUUACAACCACGCUACUAUUCCAUAUCUUCUUCCCCAAGGUUUGCUCCAACUAGGGUUCAUGUGACAUGUGCUUUAGUUUAUGGUCCAAGUCCCACAGGCCGAAUUCACAAAGGUGUUUGUUCUACAUGGAUGAAGAAUGCAGUUCCUUUAGAAAAAGGGCUCGAGUGUAGCUCGGCUCCGGUGUUUAUCAGGUCAUCGAAUUUCAAGUUAUCAGAAGAUCCUUCAAUUCCAAUUAUUAUGGUUGGGCCAGGAACUGGCUUGGCACCUUUUAGAGGAUUCCUACAGGAAAGAUUGGCACUGAAAGAGGAUGGUGCUCAUCUGGGUCCUGCUUUACUGUUCUUCGGGUGUAGGAAUCGGCAACAGGAUUUCAUAUACGAGCAUGAGCUGAAUAAUUAUGUGGAUGAAGGAGUGGUAUCAGAGUUGAUAGUUGCAUUCUCGAGGGAGGGUGAACAGAAGGAAUAUGUCCAACAUAAGAUGAUGGAAAAAGAUGCUGAAAUUUGGAAAUUGAUCUCCCAAGGGGGAUAUGUUUAUGUUUGUGGUGAUGCUAAGGGUAUGGCUAGAGAUGUUCAUCGCACGUUGCUUACGAUUGUCCAACAACAGGUAUCGGAAGCAGAGGCAUUUGUGAAGAAACUACAGAUGGAUGGAAGGUAUCUGAGGGACGUUUGGUAAAAGGUUUGGGUAAUUUUUGCAUUGUUAGUUAUAAUUUAUUACCAAUAUUAGUAUUAGUAUUAGUAUUAGUAAUA